AUGAUGGUUGCCAGAUAUAAACUCCGUAUAGUUGAGCCACCAAAACUACCCAUGGAAAAAAAACCCAACUCUGAUAAAGAUGGUCCAGAUUUUGAGCCCAACCUGUGGAUGUGGGCAAACCCCAACAUUCUCUUUUCCCCUGGAAAGCAGGAGGCCCCAGAAUCUAGUAGAAGAGAGGAUCUGACAAGCACACUCCCCUCCCCUCAGCCGUCCCCAAAAGAGGAAGACUUUGUCAACUACACAGAGGCCACAGUGAUGGAGUUGCUGCCACCUUCCUUCAGUGAGCAGUCUCCCCCUCAGAAGCGGUUUGCCUCUUCCCCCAGCAGCUGGGAGCUCACAGAAGAGGAGGAGGCAGAGGACCAGGAUGACAGCUCCUCUGUGGCUUUCUCGUCCCCUCGCAAAACGGCCCCCCUCCAGAGACGGAGGCCUCGGCAAGCCAACAGCCAGGAGGGGAAGCUCUGGUCCCGACCCCCUCUCAAUUACUUCCACCUAAUUGCACUGGCAUUAAGAAACAGUUCCCCCUGUGGCCUCAACGUGCAACAGAUCUACAGUUUCACUCGACAACAUUUCCCCUUUUUCCGGACGGCUCCGGAGGGCUGGAAGAACACCAUCCGUCACAAUCUCUGUUUCCGUGACAGCUUUGAGAAAGUGCCAGUCAGCAUGCAGGGUGGGGCCAGCACAUGGCCUCGAUCUUGCCUCUGGAAGUUGACUGAGGAGGGACACCGCCGCUUUGAGGAGGAAGCCCGAGCCUUGGCCUCCACUCAGCUGGAAAGUAUCCAACAGUGCAUGAGUCAGCCAGGUGUGAGGCCCUGUCAUAAGGGGGAGAGGGGGAGCCUGAAGGGAGGGGACCUGAAGAUCCUGACCUAAGGCUGAAUUGCAAGGAAGGAACCUGGGCCACACCAUAGGGAAUACCUUUUGUAGGAAGGGAAGAGGAUAGCAGUGGUCUGAGCCCCUAGGGUGGUGCCUGCCUGAGGUGGCACCCUGCACACAAGCAUGGGACUUGAGGUACAAGAAAUUGAUAGAGAAACAAUUAAGAUACACUUCGCCCUACUCAGAGUCCAGCAGCCUAGGGAAAUGGUGACCACACAAUGUCAGAAGCACGAUGUGAGGAUUGUAUGCAAAGGAGGCUUUUUCUUUUCCUGGACACCAGCUGGCAUUUGAGCUUUGACAGAAAAGAUCAUCUGCUGUGAGAGAGCAUUCCAGGCUUAGGUAACAGCAGCUGCAAAGGGCAGAUGGAUUCCUCUGACUCUCUUCUCUUACAGAUGUGAUGCCCUUCCUCUUUGACCUUUAAGUCCAAGAAGUGAGAGUCAGCCCAUGUCUUAUUAAAGUUACCUGCAGCAGCCUGGUGUGUGGGUGUGUGGGUAUGCAUGAUGUGUGGUCUCUGAAGAUCGGUGGAGGGGUGGAGGUGGAGGUCAGCUCUGAGGUUGAAAAUAAGAUGCCCUCAAAGCUGAUGGAUGCUCCAGAAGCAAUGGGGUGGUUGCCUGGUGUGCAGCAAAGAGAGCCCAUAUUCUUUCCUUAAAGGAAGAAAAUAUUCAACUCUCUUAGGAUCUUGGCAACCCUACUUUUCUGGGUUAUGAGUAUAGUCUUGGGAGAUGCUAGCUUGUGGCAGCCGGCCCAGCUAAAGGCCUAAGGAAGAACCACGCACUCACAGGAGUGGAUGUAAUCAGCUGGGAACAGUGAAGACAUCAUUUAUGGGGCAGUUGAAGGAAAGGCAAACCCUCAUAGGCCAUGAAGGAACAGUGACAAAGGUGAGAGGAAAAAUAUUUCUUGAAGCUGGUGGGCUGUACUCUCAUUUCCCCCAUUUAACCAUUGGGGUGGGAACUCAGAGCUGAGGUGCAUGGUCUCUCCCUGUGGCACUUGUCUCCACUAUCCCCUCAGCAGAAGCCAGAGCCCUUGUGGAUUAAGAGUCCUUUUCUAGCUGAGCUGUUGUAGUUUUCCUGGUGUGGGAGACCAUGUUCAGGGCAGGGCCAGCUGCCACCCUUGGAUGCGAAGGAAAUAUAGAGAUGCCUGGGGGAUAAGUAAUAAAAGAUCAAGGUUCAAAGCUGUGUCAGGAUGUCACAGACAUUCAGACAGUGCUUGAAGAUAGUACUGGAUUUCCCACAGGGCUGAAAUGACCAUUCUGAUUCUCUCUCCUGCUUUUCCCUCACCAGUGAACAGGCCUGCACAGGAAACAUGGCUCUACCUUCAGACACCCCGCUCUGGGGGACUGGGGAUCGCUUCUCUCCGGGGGUGGCAGUGGAUGGUGCUCGAGUCUUGAGAAUGGCUCCCCUUGUCCAGGGGGCUGCCAGAAAUCUGCAGUCAGUCAAGGUUGAGGCAGUCUCACUUCACUGUUCCUCCCUGCCCUGCUUGCUUUCUAUCAAUCAGCUCUGAGGUAGCUGCUUGCCACUGCUCCAGCAUCUUGGUUUCAGAAGAACCCCCCUCAGGCAGGCACUUCUCUUUGAGCUUGAGUGUCCUGAUCAGGAAAAUGAGUUAACAACACCUUUUUCUUAGUACCAGAGUGGAAAACAAGUGGGUGGAGUGGAGUGCCUACACUCUAGUGUACACAGCUAGUACUUCUCCUGGUUCAUGGGGGAAGCUAAAUCAGUGGUAGCUAUUUUAUCAUUCAUUGUGACAUCUAGUUAGGAAUCUCCUCCCUGUCCCAGGAUGCUGGUAGACUACUAACGGCCUUGAUCUACUUUUAACACUUGACAGCUCUUAGUGGUAGCCUGGACCUUACUGUUGCUGGCAACACUUUGCUUUUUUAUAUUUGACUCCCAGCUCUGCUCCCUCUCAGCAAAUAACCUGUCCUUUACUAUAUCUUCUUUAGUACUGGUUUUCUUAACAUUUCUAAACUUCAGCUUCUUUUUUAUGCAAAAUAGAGAUAAUAAAAAUACCCAGAUUUGAUUUGAGAACUAAGGACAAUGCGAAGUGCACAGUCCUGUGUCUGGCGUGUUAACAUCAAGUGCUUACAACUAGACAUCAUUCUACAUACAUUUGCAGAUUUAAACCAUACAGCCACCUUAAAGAGUAGACACUAUUCUCUUUGUGUCUUUGAGUGUGAUGGCUAUUAUAUUUGAGGAGUAGGCUUCAUUUCCUGUCCACUUAUUCACCCCUUAAUCCCUUGCAGUCUGUCUCACUGUGAAAUCCAACUGCCUCCUCCCUGGUCUCUGAAACGUGGUAUUGCUGAAAAAGCACAACCAGAUGAAAAUCUCUACCUUUGAAGAAAGGCCCCUGUUCAUUUGCUUGAUUUGCACAUUUCAGUAACACACAAAAUCCCUCCCUGGUCACCUCUCUAUCACCACCACCACCUUUGCUCUACCAGCUCCAGCUUGUGCAUUCACUCCCUAACAUGCACCAGAAAUAUAGUAGUGCUAGGCCAGGCGCUCUCACUAACCCUAGGGAGCAUUGUGGUUGCUGCAAGGAUUUGGGAGUGAUGUGGGCAUUAGAAGUCAGACCCAGGAGUGUCGGAUGUCCUCAGUACUGGAGGCAGACUUUCACCCUGAAGA